GACCACUCUGACGAUAUGAAGGCGGGCUAGUCCGACUGACUACCACGCUAACUGACUCCCCUAAGCAACAAGAAGAAAGUAAUAUAAGGAUCCAUCCAUCCCCCUCCCUCCACCACCAACAAGAACUACAAACUGUACCACCAAGCACCAAACCACACCAAACCCCAGGAUUCACAGCACACGCACCGCACCACAAACCACCCCUUCGACCUAUCUCACCAAGCCACAAAGAAACAAAAUGCCAACCCCACCCCUCCAAAUCCACCCCGUCACCGAACCCGACCUCCCAGCCCUAACCCGCAUCUUCUACGCGGGGUUCACCACAGUCAUCGACCGCCAGAUGUUCCCCGACACGCCCGGUCUCUGCGCCUGGUGGGCCGCCGCCAACCGCCACGAUCUGCGGCAGAAACCCGGGGUGCAGUUUUUGAAGGUCGUCGAUCCGGGUCUUCGCAGUGGCAACAGCGACAGCCUUGCCCCGGACGCGGACGUCAACGGGAGUGGCGGGGACGACGGCGGGGUCAUCGCCUACGGGAAAUGGGAUCUCGACCCGGGCCACCGCGGUGCCCGGUUCCCGGAAUGGCAUGCGGAUUCGGAUGGGGCCGUGUGUGAGCGGUUCUUUGGCGGGUGUGAGGUGAUUCGGAAGGAGGUGAUGCGGGGGAGGGGGCAUUAUUACCUCGAUAUGUUGGUCACGCACCCGCAGCACCGGAGGCGCGGGGCGGCGACGAUGUUGGUCCGCUGGGGCUGUGAGCGGGCGGAUCGCACGGGGAUGCCCGUGUAUAUCGAUUCGACGCGCGCCGGGGUGCCGGUGUAUGAGCAGUUGGGGUUUGUGGUGGUGCGUGAGGAUGCGGAGGCCGAGUUGUUUAGUAUGGUGAGGGAGCCGAGGGGUUCCUCCUCUUCUGGGGUUCAUGAAGGAUGAAAGAUGGGAAAUGAAUGUCUGGUUAUGGGUGUUGAGGGUCAGACUCGGUUCUAUUCUGGGGGUUUUCGGGUCAGAUAGAGAGGCGGGUUGGAUUUCCUGGUGCAGGCUAUUCAGAUCGAUCAUUCCUGAAUGGUUAUGCG